AUUUGUUGUUUUCGGGAAGAGAAGCUGCUUCUCCAGGAAAUCCCUCAUCGCCGCAGUUCCCAGUGUGGUUCCGGAGUGCACAGCCCGGGCUUUCAGCGGACGUUUGCAUCAAUCACAAGUGCAGCUCAGGGAUAUUUAAUAAAGAAAUGGAGUCGAAACUGCUGCCUAAGGAAGCUGGAAAAUUUAUAGCUGGAAACAGUAAAGAUGUCUAUAUUGUAGAAGAUGGAGUCAAAAAGGUUGCAGAAAUGCUCUUGGAAAAGUGGAAUACAAAGGAACUUGAUCCAACCGGAUGGAAGGUGCUUCAUGAUCUGAAUCCACAAACAAUGAAUGAGGAGUCCGUUAACUGGGUAUUUGUUACAGACACCCUCAAUUUUUCAUUUUGGUCUGAAAAUGAUGAUAACAAGUGUUUGGUUAAGUACAAAGGCAAACUGCAUAGUGGCUUUUGGUCACUUUGUGCUGCUAUUAACAGAGCAUUAGAUGAAGCAAUUCCGAUCACCAGUGCAUCAUAUUUUGCUAACAUAACCCUUCAGCAACUGAAGUAUGUGUUGCGUUCAGAUACUGAUAUAUCAAUGCCAAUGAUUGAAGAACGUCUCAGAGUGCUGAAGGAAGCUGGAAACAUUUUGCUGGAGAAGUUUGAUGGUUCCUUCCUUAACUGCAUUAAGAAGAGUGAGAAUAAUGCCCAGAAGCUGCUACAGCUUGUGGUGGAGAACUUUCCUUCAUACAGAGAUGAGGCCAUGUUUCAGGGGAAAAAAGUUGCCUUUUAUAAAAGAGCACAGAUCCUCGUAGCAGACAUCUGGGGUCUUCUAGAAGGAAAGGGGUAUGGUUUAUUUCAUGACAUUGCCAGUCUGUCAAUGUUUGCAGACUACCAAAUCCCUCAGGCACUUGUCUAUUUUGGAGCAAUGAAGUAUUCACAAGAACUCAUGGAAAAACUCAAACAAGGUGUGCUCUUCCACUCCGGGGACAGAGAGGAGGUAGAAAUCAGAGGUUGCUCCAUUUGGUGCAUUGAGUUAAUAAUGCGUCACAUCCAAGAACUUGGAGCACAAAAGAAAUGUGUGAAUAAAGAGAUCAAUUCUGUUCUCGUUGAUUACUACCUGUGGGAUUAUGCAAGAGAUCACCGAAAAGAUAUGGCAGAUAUUCCUAUCCAUCGUGUCCGAUGCAUCUACUACUAAUUAGAUUCUACACAAUUUCCGCAAAGCAAAGAAACAUUUUGUUAUGGGGUGGUAUGAUUGAAUUGCUCAUUUAUAUUAAAUUUGCCAACCUUUAACUAUUUUUGUACACUUCCAAAGUUGUGAUUUUAAAAUUAUGGUAUUUUAUAAAAUUGUUAGAAUAGGUAAUAUGGGUUUAAAAAAAACUGUGGAGGAACUCAGCAGGUCAAGUAGCACCUAUGGAGGUGCAGAGAUGGUGAACAUUUUGGGCUAAGAUCCUCCAUCACGACUGAAAAUGUAGAGGAAAGAUAGCCAUGGGAGGGAGGGAUGGUAGGUGAUAUAUGAAAUCAGGUGAGGUGGAGGAUAAUGGGCAGAUGAAGCCAGGUAAGGAAGAGGGAUGGGAAUAUUUGGACAGGGUGGGUGCGGGGCGGUGUGGUCUGCUGGGCAGAUGGAGCCGGAUGAGAGAAGGAGGAAGUUGGAGGCUGGAGGGUGAUGGGAUAGGAACAAUGAUGAACCAGGUGGGGACGGAUAGGAAAUCCAGGUGGCUAGAUGUGUAGAUGAUGAGCAGAUAGAACCAGGUGGGCAGGUUAAGAGAUCUAGGUAAUGGGUGGGGGUGGGGGAGGAAGAAAAACUUGUUUAAGUGGGAAAGCAAAACAGGUGUGAGUUACCUGAAAUUGGAAAAUUCAUUGUAUUGUAAUCUACUUUGUGGAAUGUACAGUGUUGUUUUUCUAGUUUGUGUUUGACCUCCCCAUUGAAGAAAGUGGUAGACAGACAGAUUGGUGGGGGAAUGGGAAGGGGAGUUGGAAAUGAUACAGCUGGAAGCUCAACGUGACUGUUGCAGGCAGUGCACAGAAGCUUAGCAAAAUCUUUGUUUGGUUUUGUCAAAGUAAAGGAAGUUAUGCCACGAACACUGGAUGUUAUACACAAAGGGUAGAAAAAUCUAUGUGAAUCUUUGCCUCAACUGAGUGUUUAGGUCCCUGAACAGUGGUGGGGGUGGGGGGGGGAAGAAAAGAUGCAGGGACAAAUGAGAGGCAUCAGAAAUGGACCAAAUGAAUUUCAGGGCAGGGUGGAAGUUGGAAGCAAAGUUGAUGUAAUUGACAAGUUCAGCCUGGGUGCAUGAAGCAGCACCAAUGUAGCACAGAAAGAGCUGGGGAGCAGUUCUAGAAAAAGUUUUAAUGUAGCCAACAAAAAGGCAGAGACACAUGGCUACCUCUAGGAUUUGGAGAAGGUGGGAGGAGAGCAAGGAGAAAUUAUUGAAGGUGAGGACCAGGUGAAGGAGGGUGGUGGUGGAGGGAAACUGGUUGGGUCUGUUACUGAGAAAGAAGCAGAGAGCGGAGAGCUGUAAGAACUUCUGAUGGGGAUAGAAGUGUAUGUGGCAUUGGACAUUCAUGGUAAAAAAUGAGGUGUUCAGGGCUGGAGAAUUGAGUGUUAGGAUCGAGAACAAGUGAAAUGUCAUAGAUGUAGAUGUGAAGGGACUGAACCAAGGGGGAUUGAAUGGAGUUGAACUAUGCGGACACAAUUUCAGUGGGGUAGGAGCAAGCAGAGGAAGUGGGCCUACCUGAACAGUCGGUUUUGUGGAUCUUGGGUAGGAAGUAGAAAUGAUCAGUGCAAGGUAGGGUAUUAUGAAGUUGGUGGCAGUGGAUGGGACAUCUCCAGAGUUGACGAAGUUAGUGAUGCUGGGCGAGAUAGUGGCCUGGUGGUGCAGAGGUCCUUUGUAAAGGGGUCCUUUACAAGGGGUCAGUAAGAGGAGGGCUAUGUCAGAUGUGAGAGAAGGGGGGCAAAUUGAAAGACACUUGGGUUCUCUAAGGAAUUUACUUAAAGUGACUGCUUAAGAGGGGUUUUCAAGAUGGUGCAGUGAAAGGUCUGUUUUGCAGAGCUCAGCAUCGCAACACUGAUAAUUUCGCAUAUAAACCUGUCCGUUUCAACUUUUUUUUUUAAAUGCCCAAGUGUCAGAUUUAAUAACAUGAACAUUGAGUUUUUUUUUUGAACUGCUUCACCGUGACAUCGAAAAGUACUAGAAAGGCGGCCAAGAUGGACUACACAGAGCGCCUGCCUGGGGUUGAGGAGCUAGCUGCUGCUAGCUAUGCUAACACGUUGGACCCUGCUUUUUGUCAAGUAAUUCUGGAAGUUACGGAGAACAUAUCCAAAAUGAUGGACAAGAAGCUGUGUCCACUCUCUCUAACACUCCAGUACCACACGAUGGAGCUUAAAAAUCUUGAUACAAGAACGACCGAGGCCAAGACUGUAGCUGAUCAAGCCCAAAGCCGCAUCCGGGCGCUAGAAAAGCAAGUUCAAAGCCUGUCUGACCAUAUCAAUGAGUUUGAGAAUAUAGGUAGGAGGGAGAACAUACGGAUCAUUGGUCUACCUGAAGGUACAGAAGGCAGCCAGCCAGCGAAGGUUUUUGAGGGCUGGCUGCCUAAUUUACUUGAUUUGGAAACCAAGGCUGGACGCAUUAAAGUGGAAAGAGAUUGUACGCUGGCUCCAAAACUGGGCUCAGACCAACGCCCUUGACCUGUCCUCGUGCACUUCCAUAAUUUUGGUGAUAAGCAAUGAGUGAUCGAGGCUUUGAGACGCCGUGGGACUGAUGCCCAGGCUUUAAUAUAUGAGGGAUCCAGGCUUACGUUUUUUCAAGAUUUUUCAGCAGCCAUUAUUCAGAAGUGCAAGGAAUUCAACCAGGUAAAGAAGCGGCUAAAAGAAUCUGGAAUCCAGUACUUUAUGCUGUACCCAGUGGAACUAAAAAUCACCUACACCAAGAUAUUUGAUUCUCCUGACAAAACUAAAACUUUUGUAGACACAUUGGGCUAAAGAAUGUAUAUAUAUUGUGUAGCUCUGGUUAUGGACAAUAACAUGCUCGAUGGUGUCUUUAUUUUACCUUUUCAUUACUCGACGGCAAGAUAUAGGAUGGGUAACGUGUUUUGAUUAAUACAGUUUCAUUAUUUGUUUAAAUUAGCGGUGCUGCUCCAACCUGAAGGCGCUUAAACAUGAUGGUAACAAAUCGGUGGAUUGAUAAAUUAUGUCCUGUUUUCAUUUUUGACUAUGUUAAAUGCCAUAUUGGCAGUAGGGCAGAAUAUGGGGUGCUAGAAAGUUCAGAUAUCCCCUUUAAGUGUGGGUUUAUCCUCUUGUUCAGCGCUGUUGGUGCUUUGUUUUUUUUUGUGUGUUUUUUUAAUUCACUUCUUGCUGCUCAGCUGAUCUUAAGUCAGGUUUCUUCUCCUUCGGAGUCACAUGAUUGUUAUAAAGGGUUAUGACCAGUAACAUAUAAAAAUUGUGCACUUGGAACAUUAAGAGGAGUCAUUCACCAAUCAAGAGAAAGAAAAUCCUAUUAAACCUGAAAAAGGAAAGAGUAGACAUAGCCUUGCUGCAGGAGACACAUUUAAAUGAUAAAGAACAUCUAAAGCUGCAACAGAGUGGAUUUGAUUGUCUAUUUUUCAUCUUUUAAUACCAGGAGUAGGGGGGUGGCCAUUUUAAUAAGGAAGAACCUAGCUUUUAAGUUAUUAGACUGCAUUAAGGAUAAGUAUGGGAGAUUUGUGAUUGUUAAGACUUCAAUAUAUGGAGAGGAUUAUGGUAUUCUCAAUGUUUACUGCCCUCCAGCUCAUCCUCUCAAAUUCCUAAUAGAUGCUUUUUCCAAACUUACAAGCUUUUCAAUACAAAACAUUAUUGUAGGUGGGGAUUUUAAUUGUCUCAUGGACCCAUUGAUGGACAGAGUGCCUAGUGGUCCCCCAUUACUUUCACAGUCCAAACAAAUCAUGGGCUUAUGUGGAGAACUAGGACUUGUGGAUAGCUGGAGGUUGUUACAUCCCUCAGACAAAGACUUCAUUUUUUUUCUAAUCCACACAAGUGUUACACCAGAAUAGACUUUUUCUAACCCUCAAAACGCUCCUCGAUUUAGUUGUAUCCUUUACAAUUGGAAAUAUCGCUCUUCCUGACCAUGCAGCAGUAUAUUUAAAUAUUAAGCCGAAAGAUAAUGCAGCACGAUCUAGACAUUAGAGGCUGAAUCCUUUUAUUCUAAAAGAUAAUAAAUUUAUAGACUACUUCCGAAUUCAAAACUUCCCUAUCUAUUAAUUCCAAAUCAGCUAGUAGUCCAUCGAUGCUCUAGGAAACCGCUAAGACCUAUGCAAGAAGACUAAUUAUCUCCUACUCUGCUAGUAAAAAGCGACAAGUUGCGGAUCAGCAGCGCCUAGUGGAAGCAAGGCUUGUGGCAGCUAGGAAGGAUUAUAUUAAUAAGCCUUCCGCAGCCAUGUUACAGAAUAUCACAGCCCUAUUCUGUACUCUUUACUUACACAAGCAGCCAAAAGAAAAUUGACGUUUACUAAAUGAUUGUUUGAACAUGGUGAAAAACCAGAAAGAAAAAUGCCUCUCGGAUUAUUGCUUCAAUUAGGGAUGGGACAGGAGCCCUCACUAGUAAUUCUAAAAUGAUUAAUGUUGUGUUUAAGAAUUUUUAUUGUAAAUUGUAUCAAUCUCAGCAAUGUAAUGAUGGACAAUCUAGGAUGGAGUCCUUUUUCAGAAAUUUAGAUCUCCUAGACAUUUCUUCUGAACAAGAGUCCCUCCUCAAUGCUCCCUUAUCUAUACAUGAGAUACAGGAAGCUGUGAGACAGAUCCAAGGUGGGAAGGCCCCUGGUCCUGAUGGACUCACUAGUGAAUUCUAUAGAGUUCAAAGGGUUAUUAUCAGAGCCUAUGCUAAACAUGUUCAAUCAUGCAUUUAAUUGUGGUCUCCUCCCACCAUCAUUGAGAGAAGCUGUAAUUCUUAAGAAAGGAAAGAGCCCUGAAGAUUGUGCCUCCUACAGGCCUAUUUCAUUGUUAAAUGUUGACUUUAAAAUCUUAACUAAAACCUUAGUGUUGCAAUUAGAAACUGUUACCUUUUAUCAUGAAAGAGGAUCAAAUGGGUUUUGUAAAAGGCCGUAGAUCAUCUAACAAUAUCAGAAGAUUACGUAAUGUGAUUCAGGCAUGUCAGCAAUGGGCAGUGGAUGGCUUGGUGGUUUCCUUAGAUGCACAAAAGGCCUUUGAUCAUGUCGAAUGGUCGUAUCUUUUUCUCACUUUAGAACGAGUUGGUUUGGGCAAUAAUUUUAUUAAUUGGGUAGAGGUUCUUUAUAAAUACCCUUUGGCUGUGAUCCUCACUAAUGGUAUUAGGUCGGAUAAUUUUAGUAUUCUGAGGGGCAUCCGGCAGGGCUGCCCUUUAUCACCACUACUAUUUACACUAGUGAUCGAACCAUUGGCUGAGGCUGUUCGGCGAGACCCCAAAGUAUCUGCUCCAGGCAUAGGACUCAAGUCACAUAAAAUUACAUUGUAUGCGGAUGAUGUUAUAAUUUUCUUAUCAAACCCUGCUAUAUCAGUGCACCACCUUAUACAAUGCAUCAAUUCAUUUAGCACCUUUUCAGGUUAUAAAAUCAACUUUACUAAAUCAGAGGCUAUGCCUCUGGGGAAUGUGUAGCAGGUAUCUGACACUCGGGGUGUUUUCCCCUUUAAAUGGCCGCAGACAGGUUUUGUUUACUUAGGCAUAUUUAUCACACCUACGUUUGAUCAAUUGUUCAAAGCCAACUUUACACAGUUAUUUGACAAAAUCAAACAGGAUCUUGAGCAAUGGAGCACUCUUCCCAUUUCUUGGCUUGGCCGAACAUCCUUGCUCAAAGUGAACAUUCCUCCUCGUCUGCUCUACCCAGUACGAAUGAUUCCAGUCAUUUUUACCCAACAAAUACUUUGAAAAAAAAUGACUGGUUUGUUUCUUUCAUCUGGAACAAAAAAAAGACCCUGCAUUAAAAUGUCUAAGUUACAGCCUCCCAGUAGUCUAGGGGGUCCGGAUUUUCCAGACGUCAAAAAAUAUCAAUUUUUUAUCUUAUGUGGUUGACUGGGUUUGCAGGGACCCCUCCUCAAUUUGGCUAGACAUUAAAGCUUCACAAGCAAAAUGCCCUCUUAUUAAUUUGCUUUUCCUCAAUAAGAUGAAACUAGUUAAGUAAUAUUGUCACAAUCCAAUAACAAUUAAUACAGUCAGGGCUUGGAGGUCAGUGCGACAAAUUGAGGGCAACACAGUGAAAAUAUCACCCUUCAUUCCAAUAACUGGCAGUCCAGAUUUUCAGCCUGGCAUAAUGGAUUCUAGAUUUAAACUUUGAAUUUCUAAGGGUAUUUUCCAUCUUGGAGAUUUGUUUGAUGAAGGAAUGAUGAUGUCGUUUAGUCAAAUAGUACAGAAAUUUAACAUUCCCAACAAGGAUCUUCGUUUCUUUCAGAUAAGAGAUUAUAUACAGAAAAAAACAUCAUUGUUAACUGAUUUCUAUAGUUCUGACAUAGAAAAUAGAGUGUUUUGUUCUAAGGGUGAAGUCUCCAUCAGUACUUUUUACAGCAUCCUGAGGGAAUGUUCUUGUGGAGAGGCUGAGUAGCUGGGAAGGGUCUGGCAGGAAGAGUUGGGAGUAGAAAUUGCAGCUGAAAUAUGGGAAGACAUCUGUGAUAAUGCAAAGAAAACUUCAGUUUGUAAUAGAACUAAAGCACUGCAACUCAAAAUUCUGCAUAGAGCCAAUCUGACUCCAAGUCAUCUCUCGAAAAUUAAGACUGGUUUCUCCAAUGUGUUCUAAAUGUAAAGUAAAUACUGGAACUUCCACCCACUAUUUUUGGACUUGUCCCAAACUUCAGGCAUACUGGAGUGAUAUUUUGGGUCAAAUAGAAUUGAUUCUGAAGAUGGAGCUUGAACUGGACCCAGUGUCUUUUCUCUUAGGCUUACCCAACAGUCGUAUUAUUAAUGCACAUCAGAAAAAACAUUUUUAACAUCCUAAUUUUUUUUGUGCAAGGAAGAACAUUUUACUUUGUUGGAUAUCCGAUAAGGCCCCUGGACUUUUUGGUUGGUAUUAAUUAAUCAUGGAAUACAUUCCUUUGGACUUUUUGACAUGUAUGGUACACUCAAAAACAAAUAGUUUUCAUAAAACAAGGCGACCUUUUCUGCAGUAUGUAGAUGUAAACCUGUCUGCUAUACUAAUAAGGGCUUUUGUAUAGGAUGUUGGGGUGAUGUCUAUAGUUUGAUGGAAGUUUUCUGAUUGUUGAUAUCUGUGAGGGGAAGAAAUGUAAAUGUAUCUGUAAAUUGAAAGUUUUGUUAUGCUGAGCAAAAAAAAAUUUUAAAACUACAUUUUAACGCUGCAAAAUACAUCUCGAGAUAAAAAAACUUAACUCUUGACAUUGUUAAUGAUGUUAUUGAAGGAGGAAUAAAUACUGUUCAGACUUCAAAAAAAAGACUGCUUAAAAAGGAGAGUGGGGUAAAGAGACAAGACUGAAGUAACUAAAACACCUAAAGGUGCAUUCUACUUGCAUUGACAGAACAUCGGCCAGUUCAACAAGAAUACAGUUACAUAUUUUACUGUGCUUACUGUUAUUUCAUAUGCUGUAGGCCUGUAGUUUGACUGUAUUUGAUCUCAAAUUGGAAAUAAGUCAGGAAGUGAUAGUGUAGGCAAUGCAUCAAAACUGUUAAGAAAUCAGAUUACUUUCGAUGUCAGUCUGCAGUGGCUGGAUUGAUGUGGGUAUCUUCUGCUCCAGAGAAAUGCAUUAUGAAAGGAAAUGGGUGGCAAGGCAGCUAACCCCAGCUGAGACUUUCAAAAAUGGAAGAGUUGCUAUAUGGCCCACCUUCCUAGUUUGAGAAUUGAUUUUUGUCAGCAAAUAUAUUAGUUAUAUUAAUUAUCAUUGUAUAUUUGCAAUUUAAUAAAUUGAUCUCCAUUGAUGGAGAAUGGACAUGAAAGCACAGAGGAACAUCUGGAGAAAUUUCUGAAAUGCCCGUUCGCUGUUGGCGUUAAUGUGUGGUAGGGAAUCUUUCGGAGGGUAGGCCUCAAAAUCCCCGGCCUUGCCUGCUUUUGGCGACCGAGAAGGAGGUCGAAUCGUUCGGACAGAGAUGGCACUCAGUACUCGGUGUUGGAGAGCUGAUCAGAGCUCGAAGCUUUCGGAUGACUCAGAGUCUGACUGUGGUCGGCAUGGCAGGGAGAGUUUUUCUUCCUUCUCCCGUCUGUGUGAGAUGUGGGACAUUUGAGAAACUUUGAACUUUACUGUGCUCACGGACUUCAUCAAGUUAUGGUAUUGUUACACUGUUUGUAACUAUAUGUUAUAAUUAUGUGGUUUUGUCAGUUUUUUCAGUCUUGGUUUGUCCUGUGUUUUGUGAUAUUACAUCGGAGGAAAUAAUGUAUCAUUUCUUAAUGCAUGCAUUGUUAAAUGACAAUAAAAGAGGACUACGUGUCUUCAUAAUCAUAACAUUGCAGCACCCCAUGUUUACCUUCACUGAAACACUCAUUUACUGUUCAUAUGUACAAUUAUGCUGUCAGUAACAGAACUCCAUUUAAUUAUGACUCCUUUUAAGUUAAUGCAAUUAGGAUUCUCAUUCUUGGGAAAAUAUUGUGACUGCUCAGGUAACUGUACAUUUGCUGAGGAAACCAAACAAAAUUAAACAUCCUGCAAUCAUCAAUAGUUAUCCCCACUUGUGAUCUUAAAAUGGAAGUGCUGUAGAUUUAUCACAACCUAUUUUGGGAUUGUUUCUGUGAAUUCCAACAAUGACUAUAGAAUAUUAGAAAUAAUAUCCAAGAUAAGUCUCUUGGGAAAUGGUUCCAAAGUGAUCAGGAUUGUUAUUUUGAUUCAUUUUUAUUGUUAAUGGCCAUUAGAAACACCUGUUACUGUUUGCCCUGGUGAUUCUAUUUUAAGGGUUUUAAUAUCAAGGUUAUAAUUCGCAACCUCUUCACGGGGUGGGGGAGUACAAGUUGUCCAUGUUUCACACUAAUAUCAGUGUUCUGCUGCAGAGUAAAUGGUACAGAGGCACCUUUGGAUUUUACAGCUUAGUUUACGAUAAUCCUUCAGCAAAAUUAGUAUUGUGGUGAUGGAUUAAAGAAACCUCAAAAAUUUAAAUUAUAACAAUUACUUCCCCAACCCCAUCUAAAUUUUACACUCAAGAAGUCAAUGGACAUUUCUUUUACUGCUAAACUUCAAUCUGUUAACGCAAACAUUAUUUGACUUUCCUGUUCUUACAAAAUUGUAUCACUUCACAUUUAGCAUUA